UAACGCUGACUGACAGCUGGGGGUUUCAGUCUGGGGAAUAAUAUCUGAAAUCAUUUGAGAGACAUUUUGGGCAAUGAAUGGAGAUUCAGCAGGGGCUCGGCGUGGGUACACACCUAGCAGCCUAGGCUACUAGGCUAGCUAGCGGCUAGCUGAACUAGCAGCUUGCUAGUGCUCAACAUCCGCGGUGCUAACGCAGUGGCUGUCACACCGGCUGGACACCGGCUUCAGAGGCUGUUGUACAUUUACAUUUACUCUUAGUAAACCUUCUCAUACGAAAACAAUAUUUAAGUGUCGAAUUGUAACGCGUAGUAAUUGUGUCGCAUUUAAUAUUAACCACCCACUGACGGCGUUUCAUCGCAGCUAGGACCUACUAACAGAUGAAAGAUGGCUAAUGUUGAGGUUAGCAAGGCGCACCUUCUGAAGACAGCUCCUGCUUUUCGUAAAUGGUUUAAUAUGUUGCUAGACAGGUUUUCAUUCAUGACAUUAACAGUCACACCUUUCUGACCUUAGGUGAAAGUGUUGCGUUGUUUUAGGAUGUAAUGUCAUUUUAGAAAGGACCUGUUAUCUCAAUAGAAAAAGAGCACGUUUUCAGAUAUAAAGCAGUUAUUUUGAGUUGUAGGGCGUGGUGAUGGCGUAGUCCUGUUAGUAAGCUGUGGGUUUUAUCUUUAAUCUUUAGAAUAAAAUAUUAUUAGUAAGUAUAUCAGUCCUACUAUAGUUAAGCAUUUGCAAAUCACUGUACCUCACCCUUACUGGGGUGCUUAAAUGCAUCAGACACUUGGCUGAGGUUAUUUGAGGUGACUUCCUCAAAAGGGGAUAUUCACUCAUAAGCAAAUUGAAAGGGUAAAGCUGGCAAUUUGUAUUUGUUAUCAUUAAACUCCAUGUAAAGACCACAUAAAACACUGAUUUGACUCUUGUUGUACAUUAACAUGACACAUCAAUAUCAAUAUGCCACAUUGAUGCACCCAGGGUCAUUUUUUCAUAAUAAUUAACAUGAGCAUUGCAGUUUAUUUUAAGACAAUCGUACCCUCAUACACCUUACCGCUGCCAGAAAUACUCACUAGUGAUGCUUAAAAUAGCCCUGUUUGAGUGGCAUUUGUAAAAAAAACCUGCAGUGCCUAGUCUUAUUCACCCUUUGUUGUUUUAAUGUUAUAUGGUAGUAUAAAUGCUGAGUGUCAAGGGCGGAGUAGAGAAGUCAACAUAUAGAAUUUCUCCUGUUAGUUCUUUAAAUAAAAGAUUGUCCCAGUGUCCAUAGUGCGACAUAUAAAGGGGUGCAGCCUAGCAACCCAGCAUAUUAAUGCAUUUGUAGUUGCAGUGGUCUGUGUACAAGAUUGACAUUUGUUUAAUUGAAAUAUCACCACUAAUGUGCUUGAUUACAUUUUCGAUAGUGCUGCUUUAAUAGAACAUUUCAUUUUUGAUGAAAUUGAGAAAAUAAACGGUCCCUGGUGCCUUUCAAAUGGAAAACUUUGGGAUGUAUCCAAGUAAUUGCUCGAUUUUCUUUCUUAUCAACUAAAGCAGAUAAAUAGUGCAAGUAUUUUCCAUUUGAGUAGAGAGUUUCAUGUCAACUUGUUUAUUAAGAAAACUCACAUUUUAACACAAGCUUCUUUCCCCUCAUCUUGCAUUCAGAAUUUGACAAGUGAGUACUCCUGAUAAUAUUGUUGACAUUUUCCCAUUCGAGUUGUGGUACGUCCAUAGUUUUGUCUUUGUUUUGCAAGGUCGUGAUUGUUACAUUUCUUUUGAAUGGCUUGCGAUUUAACUGGAUGAAAAGAACGUGUUGAGCAUUUGACUUUGAGUAAUAGUUUAAGCUCAACACAUUUUUACCAAGGAAGAUGUCUAAGAAGAAUCCCUCGUGCUCUGCACUUGAUCAGUCAGAGAUAGAUAAGAAAGCCAGCCACUGUCAGGUGGACCGGUCCGCACCUGCAGCCUCGCCGUGUAUGAACAAGGCUGAAUCAGGUCAAAGAAACGGAGAUAGGGCAUCAUCGUCCCCAGAGAGCGGCAGCCUAAACGGAGAUGGAAAGCGCAGUGGGAAAAGCCGUCGCCGCAAGAAGCGUUCAUCCAAUCCUGAGAGUCAGCCUGAGGGGACGGUUGACAGUAAGACCAAAAAAGAAGAGAAGCCAGACAAACGGACAAGCCAGCCAGCAUCUGACCCCCGCGCUGGGCUGAUGGGCCUGCAGUCGGAGUGUGCUAAUGUGUGGUUUGAGCGGAGCAUGUACGAGCAAGCCGAGAGCCUCUACCAGUGCUGGUUGGCGAGCUCCUCCAACGGGGCCACCAAGUCAAAGCGUUCCUCCCCAGCCCCCGGCAAACACUCAAACUCUCAGUCGUCUGUGGCUCUAUCUUCCUUAGGACCGGUGUGCCAGCAUGGCGACCAGGCAGAAAGCCAAUAUGCUGAAGAAUCAGUGCAGCGACCAAUUCCAAACUCUCUGGUCCUCACAUCCCCACCUAACCCCUCCAUCACCCCUCAAACACCGGAUGAAGGAUAUCAGUCUCUAGCCCCGACACCUGCAACCCCGGUCAUCCAGCAAGCAGCCGUCACCCCAACCAAUCGUCAGUCGAUCAACGGACUGCCUCGCAUUCCAGUGGAGCUGCUCAGAGACGUGUGGCUGGAGAAACCUCUGUACGACCGCGCAGAAGCAACUUUCUACCAGAACCUGUAUGGCAACAACUCCUCCAAACGCUCCACCUGCGCCUCCACUUCCAGAAGUAGCGACCACCCUCAAAGCCUUGUAGAAGAGGAGGAGGAGGAGGAAGAAGCUGAGGAAGAGGCAGUGGAGGAAAAACGUGUGGUCCCGCAGGGGAAAGCGGAAAUCUUCCACGCUUUGCUUCCUAUUCAGGAGGAAGAGGAGCCAGCUGAGGUCCAAGAGAAGAUUGAAGCAUCGGGGACCGGGGUCUGCUGCUUCCUUCACCCAGACAGCGAGCGGGUGUGGUUGGACAAGUGGCGGUAUGAUGCUGCAGAGAGCCGUUUCCAUGGCUACACUGGGAGUGAUGCUGUGGUGGUGAAGAAGGGUCGGCGGACAGAAGCAGCAUCAGCGGCCUCCACCGCCCCACUGAGGGACAAGUAUGACCAACCCGGGAGAAUGGAGUCGCUCCAGAUGUUUCCGUUUUACCUUUCAUUGUUUUUUAUUUUAUAUAAUCAUGAGUUUUACUCUUUUCUUUUUGGAAUGUGUGCCCAUUUUCUUUAAUUUUUUUAAUUUGUGUUGGUUCAUGCCUUUUUUUUAUUCCUUGUUGUCUGUUUGAGAUUUGACUGUGUGACUGAUGUUCGUAUGAACCAUUGUUGCCAACUUGACUUCAUUUAAAGUUGAUUUUUGUGGUGAUGUAGUUAAAAGAAUACAUACAAUAAGCCAUUUUAAAGAGGCCAUGUUAUGCUUUUUGGGGCUCUCCCUUUGCUGUAGUGUUUUAUAUAGUUCUUCGUGUGCAUGCAAAGGCUCUGCAAAUAAUAAAAUCCCAAAUUUGACUUCAGAUGAAGGCCUGAAAUGCAUUGAUUGUAGUCCUUUGUUUAGUGACAUCACUACAUAACACUUGUGCUUCUAUU